AUGACUAUUUCUUCAGAGGAGGCUGAAUCUGAUGAACAGAUCAACCAAGCUCCAAACAAGAAAGGUGUAUUUGCUAGGAUUGUGAGAGAAAAUAAGGAAGAAAAAAAGAAGCAAACAGAGAAUGAGCCUCCCCAAAAGACUCCCAAAAUCACAAUUUUACAUAAGCAGAAGCCUAAGGCAGAUGAGCAAUCUGAACCGGAAGCAAAGAGAAGAACUGAGAAAAAAAUUCCUAAGGAGUUGUAUGAUAAGUUAGAGGUCAGGAAAUUGCAUGCACAAACUUUGGACCGACAAAUAAAGGAAUUAGAAUCGAAUAUACAAUUAGUAGGGGACAAGGAAUCGGUAAAAUUAGAUGAGGAGAAUGUAAAUACUGAUCCACCAGCUAGCACUCCACCAAUUACUACAAAACUGGCUAGUGAGUCCAAUUUUGGUACUGAGGAUACUCAGAAUCCCCUGGAAUCCAAUGUACAUGAUGAAGAGGUAGAUAUUGUAAAGGAUAAGGAUACUGAGGAUAAGGUCUCAAAUGAUGCACCAAAAGUGAGUGAGGCACCAAGUGGCGAAGCCACCGGUGCAUAG